AUGGCUCAGCAAUCGCGCCAGCAAGGCCCUGCGCGCGAAGUGGAAAGCGCUAACGCCAGAAGAGAGAGAGAGAGCUUCUUGCAGAGCACUGCUGACGACACGUUCCCUCUGGAAGAAGCGCCCAACGGGGUACUAGACGAGCGCCAAGAUGGCGCUCGUUACCCACAUCGAGCCCGCGCUGCUAUCACUUCGACUGACUCGCGCGUUGGUAGAACCUGCGACGCCCCAGUUCAAGCGCCCGAGUCGGCGGCCGACCAGGCUCUGGCCAAGCUUCUACGACAGCGCAAUCAGCUCUGUGGCUCUGUGGCGCGAGCCGCGAUGUCGGCAGAGCUGGCUGCUAUGGCGAUGGCUGUUCGGAAGCGUGAUGCCGAUGGUGUUGCUGAGUCUGCUGCCGCGGUUAUUGUGUGCUUGGGUGCGCAAGUGGCUGGCAGCUUCUCGGCAGGAGCACGAGACAAAUUACUCGUGCUGAUGCGGGAUACGGCGGCUCAUGUAUCUGCCACGAGAUCGUAUAAUUUGUUGCAUAGUGACUCUGAAGCGAUGGAAGCUCGUGAAAUGACGCGAGACUCGGCUCGAGAGGCCGUGGCAACGUUGCGCGACUUUACAACCGACAACAGCGGCGUCAACCCAAGAUUUAAGGAGGCUGUGGACAACCAAAUGCCGUUCAAUCCCCGAUAUGCUAGGUAUUUGGGACCCCUUGCUUGGCAGAGCCAGCUUGACUCCGGUGGCAACGCUGUGCCGGUAAAUGGAUCGGAUUCUUCCUGUACUGGUGAUUUGGGAGCAGAACCUGAGCUGGAUGAAGAAGCUGCCUCCUCGCUGCAUUCUGCAUAUGAACCAGACCUGCCGGUCCCGGUCCCUAAUUCUGACGGAGCGAUAGCUGAUCCCGCCCUCUCGAUGGCCGUCAUGAGCGACAAGACCGCUAAUACUACGCCAUCUUCGGCGCAUGUGAACUCAUCGCCUCGCCCUCAACUUCCUCGCAGCGGCCCAAGCUCAAAAAAGCGAACCUGUGACUACGUGUCCUCUACUGCUCAUGCGACCGGUAUCCUUCGGGUCGAAGGAAAUAUCGUGGCUUCAGUCAAGAAAAAGCCGAGGGCUUGUGUACAUCCGCACACUAUUACUUCGGAUGAAGUCCGUCAGCUAGGUUAA